CCGCGGAUGCAGGACACGUCAUUACAGCGCACCGGUCUGAAAGUGUUUUUGAAGGAAGACGUGGCUGUAAUAAUUGGUGAAAUCUCGUAAUAACUAGUUCUACAGUUCUUAGUCGUGUUAACAAAUUUUGAUAAAUCAAACAUGAUGAUCAGAAUAGCAGCGUUUCUUGCUCUUGUAUGCCUGUGCACGGGUGAGAGCUGUUCAGACCCUGUGAUUACACCCUCUGCCUACACCACUUCUGAUGCCGUCAUCUCUUCUGAGUCCGUAUUCAUCGUGGAGCUCAGCCUGGCCUGUGCCAAUGGAGCCCAGAGUGUGGCUCUGUAUGCGGAUGUCAAUGGAAGACAGUUCCCUGUGACUAGAGGCCAGGAUGUUGGCAAGUACCAGGUGUCCUGGAGCAUGCCCCACAAACAGGCCAGCUCUGGUACAUACCAGGUCAAGUUCUUUGAUGAGGAGUCCUACAGCUCUCUACGCAAGGCCCAGAGGAACAACGAGGAUGUAGAAUCCAUCCAGCCCCUUUUCUCUGUCAAUGUAGAUCACAGGGGAGCGUGGAACGGCCCGUGGGUGCCUACUGAGGUUAUGGCUGCUCUCAUCGGCAUCCUGGUGUAUUACCUGGCCUUUAGCGCUAAGAGCACCAUCCAGGCAUAAAGGACUACACAUCCCAAGAUUCUCUACAACUGUCUCUCUGAAAGAUGGUUGAAUGCUGGUGGCUUUUCUAACAAUCCAACCUGAGCAUUCCUUUGGCAGAACAACAAUAUACCACCAUCCAUUUUGAGAUACGGAACUAGAACAAUUUUUUUUGUAAUUCCUUUUCAUUUUCAACGCAGGCUGAUUAUUUGCGAUCAAUUCCUAGAAGAAGCCAUUGUUUUGUCAACCAAAAAUAAAUAAUGUAGACCUCAAUCGAAUCCAAUGUACCCCACUGAGUGCAGUAAUUUUUGUUCAAAAGCAAACUCAAGUUUUGAAAGUGAAAGGACUGUUUCUAUAGACCAAUGCUGACUUCCUUCCACAGCCUCAUGCUUAUCUACCUGUGGACUUAACCACUGAAAGACAAGAAUAUCUGUUCAUCAGUUCAUGGUCUUUCUUGUAAAGGACUUAUGCAUUGUGUGAUAUCUGUACUGAUACUAAACACUCUGAAAUAACUGGUUCUGUACGUACAAAGGUCUGAGUCGAAGUGCUGAUCUAGCAUUAGGUCCCCUCGGUCUUAUUAUGAUCUGAAAGGCAAAACUGAUCCCAGAUCAGCAAUUAUAUGCUGAGACACUUUGUGAAUACCAACUCUGGUGUGCAAGACUCUAAAGCCCCUGUGAACUUUGUAGUGGCUGACUGAUCUAAAUGUAACUGUUACACUGGUUGGCUGAGGCCAAAUAUUUCAGGGUUGGUGAUUUAUUUGUUGCUCGGUGGUCAAAUUAAUUAAUAAAUGGUUCGAUUUUUA